AUGAUAUGCUUCAAAACAGUAACUAGCUCCAUUGCUUAUAAGAGAAACACACUGAUUAUUAUUAUCACACUGUUGAACACUCAACUCUAUAGCCCAAUGUAUUUCUUCCUCCGACAUGUGGCAUGGGUGGAAAUUGGGUAUACAACUACCAUCGUUCCCAAAACUCUGGCCAUCAGAGCCACUGGCAGGAAGAGCAUCUCUUUAGCUGGUUGUUUCAUGCAGACCUUGCAUUAUUUUGUCCUUGGCACCACUGUGUUCCUUCUACUGGCCACAAUGUCUGUGGAUCAGUACAUAGCAAUCUGCAACCCUCUUCACUACUCAACCAUCAUGAAUGGACAAAUCUGCUCCUUAUUGGUCCUUAUUGGGGGGGUUUCACUCAUUCUAGUUCCAUCCAUUGUUUUAUUUCAGAUGCCUUUUUGUGGUCCUAACAUCAUCAAUCAUUUCUUUUGUGACAAUGGACCACUCAUCAAACUAGCAUGUGUUGACACCAGUCUGCUAGAACGGAUUGAUUUUGUGACUGCUACACUCUCUCUCCUUGGGACCUUAAGUGUCAACAUUGUGUCUUAUGUCAAAAUCAUUUCCACAAUUCUGCGCAUC